AUGAACAACAUCACUUUCAAUCACCAUUCCUCCUUCCAAUUCCACCAGAUGACAACAUCUUUCAAUCACCAUUCCUCCUUCAAUUCAGAUAGACAACAUCACUUUCAAUCACCAUUCCUCCUUCCAAUUCCACCAGAUAGACAACGUCACAUCAUUCCUCCUUCAAUUCCACCAGAUUCAACAUCCUUUCAAUCACCAUUCCUCCAGAUAGACAAACAUCACUUUCAAUCACCAUUCCUCCUUCCAAUUCCACCAGAUAGACAACAUCACUUUCAAUCACCAUUCCUCCUUCCAAUUCCACCAGAUAGACAACAUCACUUUCAAUCACCAUUCCUCCUUCCAAUUCCACCAGAUAGACAACAUCACUUUCAAUCACCAUUCCUCCUUCCAAUUCCACCAGAUAGACAACAUCACUUUCAAUCACCAUUCCUCCUUCCAAUUCCACCAGAUAGACAACAUCACUUUCAAUCACCAUUCCUCCUUCCAAUUCCACCAGAUAGACAACAUCUUUCACUUCCAAUCCCAUUCCUCCUUCCAAUUCCACCAGAUAGACAACAUCACUUUCAAUCACCAUUCCUCCUUCCAAUUCCACCAGAUAGACAACAUCACUUUCAAUCACCAUUCCUCCUUCCAAUUCCACCAGAUAGACAACAUCACUUUCAAUCACCAUUCCUCCUUCCAAUUCCACCAGAUAGACAACAUCACUUUCAAUCAUCAUUCCUUUCAAUUCCACCAGAUAGACAACAUCACUUUCAAUCACCAUUCCUCCAGACCAGAGACAACAUCACUUUCAAUCACCAUUCCUCCUUCCAAUUCCACCAGAUAGACAACAUCACUUUCAAUCACCAUUCCUCCUUCCAAUUCCACCAGAUAGACAACAUCACUUUCAAUCACCAUUCCUCCUUCCAAUUCCACCAGAUAGACAACAUCACUUUCAAUCACCAUUCCUCCUUCCAAUUCCACCAGAUAGACAACAUCACUUUCAAUCACCAUUCCUCCUUCCAAUUCCACCAGAUAGACAACAUCACUUUCAAUCACCAUUCCUCCUUCCAAUUCCACCAGAUAGACAACAUCACCAUCACCUUUCAAUUCCAGAUAGACAACAUUCUUUCAAUCACCCUUCCAAUUCCACCAGAUAGACAACAUCACUUUUUCAAUCUCCUUCAUUCCUCCUUCCAAUUUCCACCAGAUAGACAACAUCACUUUCAAUCACCAUUCCUCCUUCCAAUUCCACCAGAUAGACAACAUCACUUUCAAUCACCAUUCCUCCUUCCAAUUCCACCAGAUAGACAACAUCACUUUCAAUCACCAUUCCUCCUUCCAAUUCCACCAGAUAGACAACAUCCUCCUUCUUUCAAUCACCAUUCCUCCUUCCAAUUCCACCAGAUAGACAACAUCACUUUCAAUCACCAUUCCUCCUUCCAAUUCCACCAGAUAGACAACAUCACUUUCAAUCACAUUUCCUCCUUCAAUUCCACCAGAUAG